AUGGACUGCAGAAAGAGCUACAUGUACAUGGGACCAGUGCUGGUGGUCCUGGUGGUCACAAUUCGCUACGCAGGGACCAGUUUGGCUUCAGGGGCGAGUUUGAAUGGCACAAAAGGGGCCGGAGAAACAACCAACAUCCUCAUCCACAAAGCGACACUGCGAAACGGGUCCUCGGUGAAUUGUGAGUCCCUCUCGGCUACAAACAAGUCUAAUGCAGGAGAAAGCACGAUCGAAAGCAUCCCAGGGUGUCCGGAAAAUGACUCAAAACCUCUAUCUCUUGACCUAGAGUUCCAGCCACGUGUACCCGCAUACGUCGCCGUAUGUCUACUUAGUUUCUGGUCGGUGGUGACAAACAGCUUGCCGUUAGCUGCCAUCGUCAAGCACGAACAACUUCACACUCCUGUCUACAUUCUCAUGGCAAACCUGGCGGCAGGUGAUGUCUUAGCGGGCACCACAUUCGGACUUCGAUGUAUUUUUGGGUUGUAUCACUUCUACACGCAGUCUCAUCCGUCUAUUGCCGCGUUACGCCUCUCCUCUACCUCGAUGCUACUCUCUGGCAUGUCGUCCACUUACGGUCUGCUGGCCCUGACUGCCGAGCGCUACUGGUUCAUUGUGCAUGGGAUGACCUACGUCAACAACGUCACCAACGACAAGAGCAAGGUCGUGGUGCUGAUCGUCUGGACGUGGUCCGUGGUGCUGGCGAUGCUGCCCAACUUCGGCUGGCACUGCACAAGUCGUGCCGAGGACGGCUGCGCCGGGGGAGGACUGCCGCACGGCUUCAUCGUCCUGGUCCAGGUUUGUUAUGUUUACCUCUCUUGCUCAGAGGCCGCGGUGGGCGCGGAGUCCAGUACCAGCAGGAAAUCCGCCGUCACAGUGGUCAUCAUCACCGCCGUGUUCCUGGUGGGGUGGCUGCCGAUGCUCGUCAAACUGUCCUGGCCCGACGACGACGUCGGCGCCGUCCCCGUGGUGUUCGUCAUCUUAAACUCGGCGAUCAAUCCCAUUAUCUACGGGUUUCGUCUGUCGGAGGUUCGUCGUUACGUCGCACGACUCUUCGCGAACUGUGGCCCAAACGCCAACUAG